GAACACCGUCAUUCAGAUAAAAACCAGCUAGCGAUUUGAUCCGAACUUCCACUUCGAGACUAGAACCAUGAAGAAAAGCGUCUUCUCUUUUUCGAUCGUGCUUUUGUACUUGCUGUUUGUGGUCAUCGCUAAGCCGAUCGCUCAGCCCGGAAACGGUAAUCUGGAAUUACUCGCAGCUAGGGACACCGUACAAUAUCCAUAUUACUUCUGGUUCCGCCGACCAUUCUACGAUCAAGACUACGAUGGCGGUGAUAAUACUUAUUAUAAUUUGCAACCCGAUCGACGAUCUUCCACCAUAUCGUACGCCAAUGUUGGAGCCGGUUGGGGACGCUGAAAAUUGAUCAUUACUGACAAUCAUCGCAUCACUACGAAAUAUUGCAAAUCUAUAUCAACUUCCAUAUCAAAUUAACAUUCCAAGUUAUAAGUUAUUGAUCUCCGUCGUGUAGAUUGAUAUUGAUGUAAAUAAAUGAUAAACUGCGGAUAAAUAUGAACAAGUAAUUCGCAGAGUAAAAUUUUGUAUUUUCGUACGUUGUCAUAAUAAAGCAAUUAAUAAAACAAUAA